UACAUAUUAAAAGUCGAUAUUACAACAAUUUAUUCUUACGAAUACAGGAAGUGAGGUGGGACCAACAACAUAGAAAUUAAAAUUAAAAUCAAUAGCUCUACUUUAUUCACUUUCCUUUGCCAUUUGUCAAAAUGAUGCAGUUUAUGCUUUUGUUUAGCCGGCAAGGCAAGUUACGGCUACAAAAAUGGUAUGUUGCGCACCAAGAUAAGAUGAAGAAGAAGAUAACAAGGGAACUGGUGACACUAGUGUUGUCAAGGAAACCAAAGAUGUGCAGCUUUCUUGAGUGGAAAGAUCUUAAAGUAGUUUAUAAAAGGUAUGCUAGUCUUUAUUUCUGUUGUGCUAUAGAACACGAGGACAAUGAAUUAUUGACUCUAGAAAUCAUCCAUAGAUAUGUGGAACUGCUUGAUAAAUACUUUGGCAGUGUAUGUGAAUUAGACAUUAUAUUCAAUUUUGAGAAAGCUUACUUUAUGUUAGAUGAAUUGCUACUUGGAGGAGAGGUACAAGAGACUAGCAAAAAGAAUGUACUCAAAGCCAUUGCAGCACAAGAUCUGUUACAAGAGGAAGAAGCUUUAGAAACUGCUCUUACAGAGUAUGGUCUGACUUAGCAGUGGCUUAAGGUGCUGACUUUGGGAUGUUUUACCUUUAGUGGGAAACCGACGAGCCUAAGAGCUUCCUAGAAGAACUUGGUAUAACAACCGGAAGCUAGUAUUGCUUAGCAACGCAUCAAGACUCAUUCUAGACAGUUAUAUUAAAUUGAUUUCAUUCCCGCCGUUUUGUUGUGAAGAAAGCUGAAUUGUCCAGCUUAUUUAAGAAAAAAAAGUUUGUGUUGAAUAUUAGGCCUAAUUAGUUUUGUUUCUUUCUUAGUGACCCAAUAAAGUCUGAUCUAAAUUUGAAUUGAUAGUUUUAUAACUGGGAGCUUAAAGUACUGUUAAGAAAGAAACAGUCAUCGUUUGAAUGGCGUAAUAUUUUCUGCAGGUAUUUUAGGUUAUAGUAAUACUUUCAAGCUAUUUUUCACCAGAAAAUGACCUCUCAUAUGAUCAAAUUCGGCGACCUUUAUGAUUUUUAACAUUGCUCAUGUACUUGUAUUUUUAUACAGCGUAUUUUGAUUCUUAUAUAAACCUAUAAAUUCACAUGUUGACAAAUGUGCUACUUGCUGACGGAAGAUGGCCUAAUGUGUUAAUAUGAAAUACGUGAAGCUUUCAUUUCCUUCGUAAGUUUAUUUUUUCCGGCCGUUAAAUGUCAUUUGUUUCGGGAGCAGAGAUGCGACUUUGAGCACUUUUGAAUACCUAUGUUAAGAGUUUAAUCAUAUUUAUAUUUUUUAACUAAAAUGUAAAACAAGUCCUGUCAAGCUAUAACAGGUUUUCCCGCCAUUUUUAUCAAUGAAAAAUGCGUUUUAAAUUGACUUUCACAAAUUUUGUCAAUAUUAUGCUUGUUCUAUCACAAUUAUUAGGAAAAGUAAAGUUGAAACUUCACAAUGUCACGAAAAAUAAAAAAGGCCAAGGCCCCUUCUCAGUUUAGAAAAAAACUACACAUUUUGUAUGUAAUUAUUCACGUCCGAGUCGCUCUUCCUAAAACUAACCAGUGCCCGUGUCAUACGAGGUAACAUGGUCCUGUUUCGGGUAAGGCUCGAACCCACGAUCCCUGGUUUGAGCAGUUGUCAUGUUAAUCAUUGGACCUACGCUCCCUGAAUACCAGUGCGACAUGUAGUACUCCAGUAUUUCACUUUUCAAUCAAUAUUUUUUCAUUUCAUGUAAUAUUCAGUUCAUGAUGAUAAUAUAUAUGUAUAAUGUUGGUCCGGACAUUUGCUAAAAAUUUCCUUUUUCAAUCAAUAUUGUUUUUCAUUUUAUGUAAUAUUAAGUUAACGGUGAUAAUAUAUGGUCUGGAUAAUGUAUAUGUAUAAUGUUGGUCUAGAUAUUUGCUAUUAAUAUUUAAAUACUAGUUUUCAAGUAAAUCACCAUACUAUGUUAUAUAGACCCCUCCCCCAUUAUUUUAUAUGAGCUCCAGCACUUGACAGGUAUGGAGCAACUAACAGCAGUGAUACCAAUGUGUCUUUUCAUUUUUAUCUGAUUCAAAUUGACUGAAUUUCUGCUACCUAUCGUUUAACAUCAACAAUUUAUUUGAACACAUUCUAAAUAUUUGUCAUGUGAAUGCCUCUAAUUUAAACUGCGGCAUUAAAAAAAAAUCAAAACGCUUUGCUACUUUAGGCGACGUCAGCAAAGAGCGCUUAAAUCCCUUUCGUCGUGGACUUCUCCUGCAUAACAUGAAUAAUUGAAAACUUAAUAGAUUUUUUUACCAUACAGGUAAAGUUACAUGUUUUAAAUAUGGGAGCAUCUCUUACUUGGCAAAAAUAAAUAAUCAUCUUGGCAUUUUUGUUAUUUAAAUAUAGUCCUAUUUUUAGGUUCCUCGUUCCAUCUAAUAAUAGGCCACCACGAAGCUAAGACGUUAAUUACAUUUUGCCGAACAGUUAUACCUGCCACAAUAUCUUGUUAAAGAAUAUUCGUAUUUUUCUUUGUUAUACGAAAUAUGCAUGUAUAUAUAUUUACAGAUGAGAUGAUAUUAAAGUAUUUAUGGAACAUA